UCCAAUCAGAUAAUAACAAAUUUAACUUCAGCUUCAACAUUAACUGGGGUCUCCACCUGAACAAACUAAAAAAAAAAAUGGAUGAAGCUGAAGAUCUGCAACUGAAGUCUGACACACAAACAGGGGAGAGAGCACCAGGUGGCCAGGACCCAACCUUCUUAUAUACUAAAGAAGACAUAGGAACACAAGUCAAAAAAAAUAUUUUGUCUCGUCAUAAGAGGGCAAAGUCAUUUCAGAAAUUCAAGAAUAAACGGGUUGAAGAAUCCUUCAAACAAUAUAAAGUCAGGAUGACUUCAAGACAAUGUGCACUGAAAAAGAAAAAUUCUGUCCCUGUGAAAGAAAAUGAGAAAAAAAUGAAUGAAACUAUGGAUCUGCCACCAACAUUAGAGAGAGCAUCAAGUGACCAGAACCCAACUAUCCUAUUUACUGAGGAAGAUAUGGCAACACUAGCCCAACAAAACGUCUUGCUUCGUCAGAAGAUGGCAAAGUCAUUUCAGCAAUACAAGAAUAAAUGGGUUGAAGAAACCUUCAAAAAAUAUAAACUCAAAACUGCUUCAAGACGUUAUGAAGCGAAGGACAAAAUUUCUGUUAUUGUGACAGAAAACAAGAAAGAAAUGGAUGAAGCUGAGGAUCUGAAAGUGAGCUGUCAUACUCAAACAGGAAAGAGAGCAUCAAGUGGCCCCGACCCAACCCUCUUAUUUGCUGAAGAGUUGGCACAAGCCCACCAAGGCAUGCUGCAUUGUCAAAAGUUGGCAAAGUCAAUUCAGGAAUACAAGAACAAAUGGAGUGAAGAAAACUUCAUAAAAUGUCAGCUCAAGGUGAAUUCCAUAUCUUGUGAAGAGGAGAAAAAUUAUGUCUCUGUGUCAGAAAAUGAGUCUGAUACACAAACAGCAGAGAGAGUAUCAGGAGACCAGAAACCAACCUGCUUAUUUACUGAAGAAGAGAUGGCAAGACUAGCCCAGCAAAACAUCUUGCUUCGUAAAAAGAUGGCAAAGUCAUUUCAGCAAUACAAGAAUAAAUGGAUUGAACCAACCUUCCAAAAAUGUCAUGUUCGUGUGACUUCAAAUCCUUAUGCAGAGAAGGAGAAAAUUUCAAUCACUGUUACAGAAAAUGAGAAAUUUGUGCCGCUGAGAGUGCAAAACACUGGUGUCGAACGUGUGUAUUUCACCUUUAAGCCCUUUGAUUUUGUGAAAAACAUUUUCACUAUCAAAAGUCAGGAUGGAAACAUUAUCAAAACUAUCAAAGACCACCUUCUCAGGCCAGGAGAAUCAUACAGAAUGAAAAUUCAUUUCUCCUCCGACCACUCCGGCCUCUUUGAGCAGCUGCUAGUCUUUAAGUUUAAAAGAGACUGUCAGCAGUCAGAAACAUUUGACAUCAUGCGCCUCUUGGAGGUCAUCCGUCAAACACCUCAGAAUGAGGACUCUCAAGCCAGAUCAGAAGUAGAGAAGAGCUUUCAGACUGCGAAGAAGACAUCUCUGACAGGAUGUGAGGUCUUUCUGAGACCAGUGGUGUAUCUCAGGAAAUAUUUAUUGCCUAAGAACAUUGCAAACAUCAAAGGCAUAGAUAUAGAUUUGGAGAAAAAGCCACUUAAUUGGAGGAACUACUCUUGGCGAUUUCACUUGCUUCUUUAUCUAGAGGAGUACGCAAUUUCUACCGAGCUUGAGAAAUGCAACCAAGAAGAUAUACUUGUUGUCACUCAUCAAAGUGAAAAACGUAUACUGAUUUUAAAGGCGGAAGAUGUCUCAAACAUGUCUAAUGUUGUUCUGACUGGAUGCAAGGCACUGGUGGCUCCGUUGAAACAGCAGGGUGACAAGAUAUACAAAGGAUGGGUCGAUGAUGUGGAUGAGGAGCAAAUCUACAUUAGAUUUGAGGAAAUGUUUCCAAAAGAAUACGAUGUAGGCGUGAGGUGCAGCGUUGUGUUUUCACUUCAAAGAAUACCACUACGUAUGCAACACAGAGCAGCAGCACUAGCGCGCAAGCAUUUACUAAGGGAUUUACUCUUCCCUGUUGGGCUAUGUUCUGCAUACAAUUCAUGCCUUGUACCUGUUAUCCCAAAAUGCUCCAGUUCACCAAUGAUUGAAAACAACCCAGAGCAACGAAAGGCUAUUCGACACAUUCUAGCCCGUUCUGCAAAACCUGCCCCUUACCUCAUAUUUGGUCCACCUGGCACAGGCAAAACAGUAACUUUGGUUGAAGUCAUCAAGCAGAUUGUGUCAACUCAAGACUCCAAAAUCCUGGUUUGUGCACCCUCCAACAGCGCAACAGAUUACCUCUGUGAGAGGAUCCUGGAAGAAAACAUUGUACCCCACAAAGUGUUUCGCCUUUACUCCAUAAGCUACAAAGUGGAAAAGAUCCCUCAACAUGUGAAGAUGCACUGUAGCUUUAAUGUUGCAACAAACUCUUUUGAGAUACCGACCAAAAGGGAGCUGAUGACAUACCAGAUCAUGGUCACCACCCUUCAAACUGCUGGAAGACUAGUGACAGGUGGCAUUCCUCCAGACCAUUACAGUUACAUCAUUGUGGAUGAAGCAGGCCAGGCUAUAGAAACAGAGUGUUUAAUUCCAAUAGCUGGAUUGCUGAAACCACAUAGUGGCCAAGUGGUUCUGGCAGGUGACCCGAAACAGUUGGGACCUAUUAUUUUAUCAAAAAUAGCAGAGAGAAACGGCUUGGGUGUGUCCAUGCUGGAGAGACUAAUGACGGAUAUCAGACUGUACAAACAACACAAGAUCAACGGCUUCAACAGUCGCUAUAUGACUAAACUACUCAGGAACUAUAGAUCUCAUCCUGCGAUUCUGAAAAUACCCAAUGAGUUGUUCUAUGACUCCGAACUCCAGUUCUGCAGUUCCCUUGAGGAUUGCUUGUAUAGUAACUGGGAACUUCUGCCAAGGAAGGAUUUUCCUCUAAUGUUCCACGGGGUUGCAGGCAUGAAAGAACAAGACCUCAACAGCCCAUCUGUUUACAAUAUGGCUGAGGUGGAUGUAUUGAAGGAAUACUUAAAAUCCUUAAUCAAAUAUCGCCGCAGAAAUGGUCUAGACAAAAUUGGACCCAAGGAAAUUGGCAUUGUUACUCCAUACUCAAAACAAGUGGAGAAGAUUAAUGCAGCCUUUCACAAAGACAAGGAUCUAGUCAAAGAGGACUUGGAGAAUGUCCUGGUUGGCACGGUUGAGAUCUUUCAGGGUAAAGAGUCAGAUGUGAUCCUGAUGUCCACGGUGCGCAGCAAUCCCGUCCUGACUGCACCUAAUCAACAUUUCAGCUUGGGCUUUGUAAAGGAUGAGAAGAGAUUCAACGUGGCAAUGACUCGAGCCAAAAACCUGCUGGUGGUGGUUGGAGACCCCAGAGUCCUGGAAAUAGAUCCUGUGUGGAAUAAGCUUAUCCAUUACUGUUUAAAAGAAAGAGCAUACCGUGGCAUCAAUAUUUAUGAUCUGAAGGAAGGCACAGAGGUUGCUGACCUUUCCCCAAGCUCUGGCUGUCAGCAGAAAGUGAGACCAAAGGUCGCAUUCAGCUGGUAGAAUAAAAAGCAUUCAACACAGAAAUAAACUUCAUCCAAACCCUGUUUCACUAUUUCAUUCUGA